AGCGCCGGCGUUAGAAGUUUAUAAUUCCCUAACAACUGUAACCAUGGUGAACGGCGGCAGGCUGACUGCUUUGCCAACCAAGCACACGGUUGAAUAUUUUUAUUUUUGACAGAAGCCAAUGUCCACAGCAAUGACAGUAUUGAGAUGAACAGUGAGGAAUGUUAUCGAAGAACAUGCAACGAAGUUGUCAAUAGCAACCAGCUUCUAUCACUCUCGGCCAAAAUCUAUAUCUUAAGAACAUUUGGACCUCUUGCAUUUCUCUUGAAGGAAGAUGGCGAAGAGAAGAAUUUCAAGACGUACCUGGGCCGGAAGCACAGCUGUUCUUGUAGUAUAUUCUUGAAAACCAAAGAACUCUGCAAACAUAUCUGCUGGAUCCUGCUGAAGAAGUUCCGCCUCACCAUGAAAGAUCCAUUGAGUUGGCAGAAAGGACUAUCAGAAAGAGAAAUUGAUGACUUACUCGCCAAAUCGACAAACAAUGCAGCUGCCAACAAGACACAGACGAAUGCAGAGCAGUCGGCAGAAUCAGUGCCUCCACCAGAUGGCGCUGAACUCAACACUGUCCCCCAGAGAGAAAUUGAUGAAGAUUCUGUUUGUCCAAUAUGUUUGGAUAAUUUACUCAAGUCUCACCUGCCUGUCACAUACUGCAGAUAUGGUUGUGGUAACAACAUCCACAUAAAAUGUAUGAAAAUCCAUGCUGAGCACCAGACAACAUCCGACUCUGAGGGGAAAGACACUGUGAUGUGUCCCAUGUGCCGUGGGGUUUUUGUUAGCCUUGAGAAACUCAAGCUAGAGGAACGCAACUCAAUGAGUGGCGUUGCCUUCCCCGUGAAACACUACCAUUAUGGGUUAGAGUGCUCAACCUGCCAUCUGAAGCCAAUUAUUGGAAACUGCUACAAGUGUACUGUAUGCAGCUGCUUUCACCUGUGUCAACAUUGCUUCAACACAUCAGUCCAUGAGGAGCAUCAGUUCAAGUUUAGACAGAGGAGAGCACAGAGGUGGAAGGUGGCUGAAAGGAGUUUUAAUUACUCCCUACCUGAGGCCCUGAUCAAGAAUUUGAUGAGACGUGAGCUGAAAGAUGAUGACUAUGAAAGUCUUCUUCAGUUAGACAGUGAAGAGUUCACACAGUUCGACUCCCUCUCAGAGAAAAUCAUAGAGUCCCUGCCCCUCGAGACCGUAACAGAGGACAGUGUCCUGCUAUCCACUGGGGCACAGUGUCACAUCUGUCUCAGGCCCUUCCAGGUAUCAACACUGGUGCGGAGACUGCCAUGUAGACACAAGUUCCAUCGUGAAUGCAUUGACAACUGGCUCCUCCAUUCUCGUUCUGUGUGUCCCGUUGAUGGCACAAAUGCUUGGAAUGCUAAUGCUGUCUUGAAGAAAAAUAACCAAAAAUGCCAAAGCAAGAAGAAAGAACCUCCAACAACAGAAGAGUUAUCUCUGAAUAUUUCAGGACUUGCCAUUUAUCCUGAAAGCCAGCACAAGUUGGGCCUGGGAAAAACUAAAAAGACAGUAACCACGGCAACAAAGUCAUUGAAGGUCGGUGACACAGACAAUGGCCUGUCUCUUGCAGGAAUCACCAUCAGGUCGGUCAACAGAAAUUCUUCAUCAACCCAGAGAUCUUCUGGUAAUUCCAACAAACUGCUGAAUGGUGCCAAUGGGGACGUCUGCCCAUCAAACAGAAAACCCAACAGUGCACUGUCCUCCCGUCGUAGGUCACUUGUUCUACCACCUCUUAGAGUGAGAAAGAAAAUCUUAAGACAUUCAGCAAAUUCCAUUUCUAAAUCUGGCAAGAACUCUGGCAACAGUGGAAUUGGUAAAAUUCUUCAGCCCUUUUGUCACCUGGUUUUGACUGAUAAAACAGAGCCUGAGAAUGAAAAUAUACGACUGAGGAGCAACCUGCUUGAAGGGCAAUAUGUAGAUGAACUUCGUCCUUCACCAUUGAAUGAUAAAACAACUAAAUCUCACAAGAAACAAUUGAUUAAAGAUGAAGAUUUACAUCUGCAAGGUUCAGGAGUUAGCUGUCUCUUGUGAUUGCUGUGUAUGCAUGUGUAUGUGUGUGUGUGUGUGUGUGUGUGCAUGCAUACAUUCAUAAUUACACACAUACACACCUGCAUGUAUAUAUAUAUAUAUAUAUAUAUAUAUACACACAUAUUUGCAUGUAUAGAUGCAUAUAUCCAUACACACACAUGCACAUACAUACAUAUAUAUAUAUGCACACACACAUAAAUGCAUACAUACAAACAUAUAUACUCACACAAAUUUGCUAAACCUUUACAAAUGUAAUGAUUGUUGUCUUUCUCUUUCAAUUAAAAAGCAAAACAAAAGGAAAUAAAAAUAAAAAGAUCAGCAAUAUACUGUAUAAGGAUUGUUAUUAUUAUUAUUAUUAGUAGUAGUAGUAGUAGUACUUACAUAUUCAGGCCUUGUGCCUUUUGUAGAAAGAACUAUUAUUACUUAUAUAACCAUGAAAUAUAUAAGCAAUUUAUAAUAAACUUCACCAGAAAUACCAAUAUUCCACUUGAUACUUUAUAUCAGACAACACCAGACAAAAGACACACAUAAAAAAAACAAAAACAAAAACACCAAUAUUUUAUGAUCUUUUGAUAUUUUUGCUAGAUUUCUUUAAUUUUGUUUUUUAUGUCCAUUUUUAAAAACCAAUAAAUCAGUUCCACAAUAAAGGCGUUCAAACAUUUUGGAAUAUAAAUCUAUUGUUUUAAGAAAGGAAUAAAAAGAAUUGCCUGGUUAAUGCAGA